UAGAACAUUGUAAUGACAAUCAACUUGGACUGUAAAUUGGAUCUCAAACGCAUAGCACUUUAUGCUUGCAAUUCUGAGUACAAUCCCAAGUGUUUCCCGGCCGUGAUUAUGAGAAUCAACGACCCCAAAACCACCGCCUUGAUUUUUGCCUCCGGGAAGGUGGUAUGCACUGUUGCCAAAGCAGAAGACCAGUCUAAACUUGCUGCCAAGAAGCAUGCAAGAAUUAAACAGAAGCUAGGGUUUCCUGCCAAGUUUAUAGACUUCAAGAUUCAGAAUAUUGUUGCUUGUGACGUUCAAUUCCCUCUCAGACUUGAGAAGUUGUCGUUCACUGCCCAUGGUGCUUAUUCAAUCAACGAAACUGAACUCUUCCCUGGCCAUAUCUAUCGCAUGAAACGUCCGAAGGUUGUUUUGCUUAUCUUUGUUUUUGGGAAGGUUGUGAUUACUGGAGCCAAGAAGAGGGAGGAUACCUACGCUGCCUUUGAGAGCAUAUGCCCAGUUCUUGCAGAGUUCAAAAAGUAAUUAAUGGAGGUCUUCUGGGGCAGGAGAGUACAUAGACUUCAGAGAUUAUUAUAUAUUAGACUUGUUGAUUUGGGCUUUUUUUUCUUAUACGUACUUGGACUUGAUCUUUCUCUUGUAUAGGCCCCGGGUCUUAGUUUAAAAUUGUACUUAUCAA